GAUUUCUGCUCUUUGCAUUUUCGCUUUUUUUUAUCUUGCAUUAACUGAAUCCUAAAUCACUUUAAUUAAUUAUGUUGUGUUUUUUACAGACAGCAAUUUUCUUUCCCUGCAAAGGUAUGCGGCCUGCAACCUCCUCGCAUGUUGACCGACCGGAUAGAUAUACCACAAUCGUCCGUGCGAUCGGAUCCGUUAUCCUUCCGCAGCAAUUUACGACGGUAUUUCAAGGAUACGAAGGAGGAACCCUUAUGGCGUGGAAAAGAGAUUUUUGCGUCGAUCAUGCCGCUCUCGAAAUCAAGAAAGUUCCAAGGCCCUUUUCGCGCAAAUUCGCCAUUCGGGAAAUGGGCGUGCAUAGGUGUAUAAUUAGCGAGUCACCGGAUAUCCUAUUUAUAGAGCCGGCUUCUCGCUGAGGAGGAAAGCCCGGGCCGUGAAGAAAGGUUCGCGCGCGCACGAGCGAUAUCAACAUCCACGCUUCGCUGUCUCGUGACGUCACCUUGCUCAGAUAAAACACGCUUGGCUUGACAAUGUCAUCGAAUGCAUGAAAAAGAUUCAUAUCUGUAUCACGAAGGAACGAGAUCGGAAGUGCGAACAAUGUUGUCGCAGCGGUUAAAUGUGAACAUGAAAAAAAUAUCUUUAUGAGUCACUGCAUUCCGGAAGAUGGCAGCAUAUAAUCAUUUAUCUUCCAUGUGAUAUCUCUACAUCAAGGUCAACCACUCUCAUUGUACGUGGAAUUCUUCCCAUGGAAAAUAAUAGUCUUUUUAUGCACACCAUCAAAGUUCUUCUAGGAAAUCGCGAAGAUUUUUGUCCUUUACAAGUAUACUAAUUUUAUAAGUAUACUUACUUAAAUAAAAUUUAUUGGAAUUUACUAAACUGGGAAAUUCGUAUGUAAACGAUAGAUUUCAUCCGUAAAAAGUAAUGUGCAACUGAAAAUAAAUAUCCUGGCUGCAAUACUCUAUUCCGAAUUAUCCGCUACUGCAUAUGAAUCGCAAUCAAUGAAAAUUUUGCGCCAUAAAAGCCAUUUUGCGUCGCAAAUUGUUAGCGUCAAGACACACCGAAAUCGCUCCAUGUAUUUCUCGUGAUUUCAAUCGUAAAAACUGCGACUGAAGAUGAAUGUGCCGCAAGACUAUACGCCGAAUUAUACUGUGCACAUUGUGCCGGCCGGCGUGUCUACAGGGCUCAUUGAAGGUCAAGUUGUAUAUUUGUUUCAUGUCUUUGUGUUGCAAAGUUGGAUACGUAUCGCAAUCCCGUGUACUUUUACUCGCGCCUACGGCGGCGAAUGUUGCGGACGAUGAUCGCGAUAACGUAUAUCGAAAAUUCCGAAAAUCCGAAGUGUGCGAGAGUGUCAAAAAUCGAAAGUAACGAAAAUCGGGAGUGCGGAAAAACGGGAGUGUCGAAAGUAUCAGGAGAUAGUUAUUAAUAUAUCGCGCGCAAUCGUAAUUAGUCACGUUUUCCGGUCGAUGUGUAUCGCAAGUGUCUUCAAGAUUGGAGUUGCCCUCGGCCGGAUGUCAACUUGAAUGCAAAAGCUGGCGAGGCCGGACAACGAACAUCGACUGGUAUAGCUGAUGUCGAUGCAACACUGAUUAUUCAAUUUCCACGAGCUCCGUGAAACAUCACAAAGACUUUCGCCCAAAGCCAAGCACCUUUGAGCCAUUCCGGUGCAGCAGGGGAGGCGCACAAGGGGAUGUCAAGGAUGCACCGGGCGAAGAGAAGAAGCGCGAAGAAGAAGACGAAGAAGAAGAAGAAGGAGAAGAAGAAGACGAAGACAAAGAAGAAGAGGAAGAAUAGUCGCAUUCUGGAGUGUCGCGCUCCGAUUGGUCGCCCGUGGUGGGCAGCGGAUCCUCGGAUUGGCCCUAGGCGCGUUUCCCCACCUAGGUGGAAAUUCACUUUUUACCGUCGUUAUUACAAAACUGACUGGCAUCUCCUAGACCAUGUCAUUACGGUGCAGUGCUCCAUACAGUGAGCAUCCUCUCUGUGUACCCACCACCAUCACCACCGCCACCACCGCCGCCGUCACCAUCACCCACCGUCACUUACCUUCUCCGCUACCACCACACACAGUACGUCACCGCCACCUCCACACACCGUAGUCAUCACCGUCACCGCGCGGUCACCUCCACACACCGACGCUAUCCUACGCUCCGCGUCCUUCUCCGCGAUCUUCCCACCUUCCGCGACCGUGGAAGAAGAGCGCGGCGGCCACCACCGACCGGCGCGGCGGUUAUCUCGCGGCAGGAGUGUUACGGCCGAGGAACAGUGCGCGCAGACGUUGCUCUAUUUCGGCUCUAGGCACACACACCUCUCGCAGCCGGCGUCGCCGUGAGGUUCACGCCGCGCGAAAUCACCGUUCGCUCUCUAUCCACGGUGAGAGAAGGAAAGAGAGACGGAGAGAGGAAGAGGCAGAGUCUCGGUACUUGAUGCGAGACUCGGCCGCGCGCGAUCACUACACUGUUCUUCUCCGGUCGUCCGCGUCGCCCUCGGGGAAUUGUCGUCGUCGUCUUCGUCGCGCGCGCGGCAUGUCCGAUUGACUUCCGCAGUGGAAGUGAUUACGCGCGCGUUCUACGCGCCGCAAGUGGAGGAGGACUCGAUAUCCGCGUGCAACAGGCGAGUGGUGAACGGAAACUGCGGCCGUACAUCCGUGUAUACCUUUCGCUUUCUGCGUGUGUUCUGUGACUCGUGCGAUAGAGACCUCGGGUGAGACCUCAAUAAUAACUGCUCACAUCGGACGAUCGCGAGGGGUUGACGGAGAUCGCAGGGUAGCAUGGAGAACGCAAGGAUGGACCGGAAGAUCACGCUAUAUAUCGCUAUCUGGAUGCUAACGGCGGUCACGCUGAGGUGUCAGGCGACCAAUCACGAAAAUGCGGAGGUGGACGGAGGUGGGAAUUCCGAAGAUCCUGUCACCGACGACGCACCCGAGGAAUAUUGGGCGGGUAGUGGAUCGGGACCCGAUGAGGAUGAUUCCUCUCAUAACGAAACCAAGGAAGCGUUAACUCACGAGGCCAGCGACCACGAGGCUGUCGUGUACGUCGGCGACGGCGGUUCCUACGUGCCAGUACCGUCAUUAAAGAAUCGACCCCUGAGCCCGAAUCUCCAGGCUCUUCAAACUCUUCAAAGUUUGCAAGGGCUCACCACAGGCGGAGGCACGGGUGUAGCCAGUGACGAAGAUUGGAGGAGACCGGAAGCCUGGGACCGCGAACAUCGGAGAUACAGACCUAACACAACGAGAGUGCAACAUAUCGAGGCGGAAUGCCAGGACGAUUAUAUGAAAAUCAGGAUCGGCUUCAACGGAUCUUUCGCCGGCCUCUUGUAUUCAGCAGGCUACUCGUACGAUCCCGAUUGCAUGUACGUUAACGGGACGGGCCGCGACUACUACGAGUUCUUCAUCCAGCUGAACCGAUGCGGCACCCUCGGCGAGAACACUCAUCAUCAGGACAGCAGGAAGAAUCCGACGAAAAAUCUUAUGUGGAACACGGUCACGGUGCAGUACAAUCCGUUGAUAGAGGAGGAGUUCGACGAGCACUUUAAGGUGACCUGCGAGUACGGCUACGAUUUUUGGAAGACAGUGACGUUUCCCUUUCUUGAUGUCGAGGUCGCCACGGGAAAUCCCGUAGUCUUCACCCUGCAGCCACCGGAGUGCUACAUGGAAAUCAGAUACGGUUACGGGACCACUGGAACUAGAGUGGCGGGACCAGUCCGCGUUGGCGAUCCUCUGACUCUCAUUAUCUACAUGCGCAGUAAAUACGACGGUUUCGACAUUGUCGUGAAUGACUGCUACGCGCACAACGGCGGUAACAAGAGAAUUCAACUGAUCGAUCAGUACGGAUGCCCGGUCGACGACAAAUUGAUCAGUCGGUUUCGGGGUUCGUGGUCGGAGAGUGGAUUAUUCGAGACGCAAGUCUUUGCUUACAUGAAGACCUUUAGGUUCACGGGAUCGCCGGCUCUGUAUAUCGAGUGCGAUGUUCGUAUGUGCCACGGAAGAUGUCCGAGUCAACCUUGCCAUUGGAGAAACGCGAAGAACGUGGUAAAGCGAUCGGUGCCGGAAAUGAUCGGUGGACCGUCGACGCCGGCAACCAGUUUGUCGGAGAACGUAAAUCUCUUCCAAUCUCUUCGCGUUCUUCAGGAAGGCGAGGCGGACACGGAACUGUUCCAGAAUUCCACCAGCGCCUCUCGCAGCGCACUUAGCGAUUCUACGACUGACAGAGUGUGCUUGAGAUCUACUGUGGCUAGCACAAUAGUGGGACUCGGCUGUGGAUUCUUCUGUAUCAUGGCCGGCACGAUACUAGCCAUGUGCUCGCGAAUGCGACGACAAGCGCGAGAAAAAAUUACUGUCCGAUAGCAUAAGUUACAUGACGCACAAAGGCCGAAUCAACUAGAAGCAGAGCUAUUGCGCGGAAGCCUGUUUCUCCUAUCUUCAUCUCUCGAUUGAUUCGCGAUACCCUCGCAUCUUCCGCGCGGAGCUGCCAAGAUAAUGCUCCGCUGAUACAACAAGAACGUGUACUGUGUCGUUAAGAUAGAAAACGGUCGAUAUAAAUGACUGAAGUAUUAAUAAGUUGAUAAAUUAAUUAGCGCUGAUAAAAUUAUGAUUAGGCAGUAAUAAAUUAAUUUUUUUAUGAACUGGCUAAAUGCCAAAUUUGUAAAAUUUUAAAGAAGGGCUUUAGGUAUUCGUUCUACUAACUUCUUAAGAUAAGCGUGGGAUUGACACAGUGCGAAGUGCCUUACAUACUAUGUUAGUCGUCGAUAAUUCAGGCUCCCGUGGAUAUAACAUAUCCCAUCGGCCCUACGUGUGCGAAUGCUUUUUUUUAUAUAAAUAAUAUUCGCUGCUAUAUUCUCGCUUAAUUUACUUAUCGAAAUGUUGAUCGAUACUCAUUCGUCAAGUUAUGUAUAUGUCGCGAGUGAGGUAUUUGUAACGAGUUAUCGCUCAUUGAUAAGUAGAGGUAGAAGUCGUCGAUAUUGCCACGAUCUUGGUGCCGAAUGUGCGAUCAGUAAAAUAAGAUUUCAAACGUUACCGCAUCGAUCGGUAAUUUAACACAAUGUAAUCGUAAUCGAUGUUUUUUUUUUUCUUUUCUUAUUGCUUAUUUCGAUCUCGCAAGCGGCACAUUAUGAGAUCAAAACGAACGUCAGCAACGACGUCAGUAACGACGCUUAAUUGCCGCUGACUAGUACUUAUAUGUCUAUCUGUGACAUUAUUGGCCAUAUUCAGGAACGUGGAAAUUAAUCGAUUCACUUAACAAUACGAUUGACACGUAUAAAAUAAUAGAGAAUUAAAAUAAAAAUAUAUAGUUCAUAAAAACAUUAUUUUAUCAAUAUAAAGAUGCUCAUAAAAAUUAAUACGAGUAUAAUCUGCAUAAAAAAUAUUCUGUCAUUUUCUCAUAUAUUAAAUUAACAUGUAAUCAAGAUAUGUCAUUGCUGAAAAACAAAACUGCUUUAUGAUUUUCACAAAUUAUUCACGUCAUCGUACUUAAUUGAUACACAUAUUUAAUUUCCAACCUUUGCGACGGAGAAAUACGAAAUUGAAUUAUCCGAUUAAUUAACAGUCCGUCCGAAUCUCAUCGUUCCUGAAUGUUUGUGAAUAAUGCAUCUAGCUAAAUAUCAUUAUAUAACAAACGAAAAUAUACUUAGGUUUAAACUUAUAUAUACGAUAGUAUGUUAAAAGUGCGAAUCCUAUAAUACGAAGAAAAAGAAACGAACAGAAAAAAUUACACGGAACAUCACCGGGUGUACGGCCAGCGAGGAUUAAAUAAUAUUUUAUGAGACCACCCCAUGUGUAAAUGGGGCGAGCCAAAGAAAAGUAGCUCAGUUCUCGUUUUAAUAUUUAUUCCGAAAUUCGCCGACCUCGCGCGAUCUUUCGCUACCAUGUGAAAUAUUAAUUUCCCCUCCUGGUUGUUCCCCUCUACACUAUUACACAAUUUAAUAUUACAACAUUUCCGUUUCAUUGCUCUAUAUUGAUUCCGAUCCCUUGUGCCUCUCCCCUCCGUCUUUCGAGCGUCAAGCCGAGUAUCAAGACUCAACUGCUCGAUUAAUUAUCUGUAAAUAUAGUGUUGUAAUGACUCAUGAUAUUUAUGAUUAAGUGUAUCAAGGUUUCCAAUAAAUCAUAGAAGAAGAUAGUG